GGCUUUGUUGUGAGAGUUACGAGGCCGCGGCCAAAAACUAGGUCUGCCUCUCUCGACACGCUCUGCGUAGGCACAGCAACCGCGAGCUGUGCCCGACGCCUACGCGGCUGUGAGCACGCAUCUCUCGCACACGUCCAUAGUUUGGGCGUUCUGGCUUGUCCUCACGCUGCCGUGCUUCUCACGCGCGCCGGCGCCGCGCAUCCAUGCGACGGUAUACUGCAGCUGUCAUGCUCCUGGUGCGGACGGCGCGGGCGCUGCGAGCUCCGUUAGCGCGGCAGCCAGCGCUGAUGACGCGACGCGCCGCCACGACGACGGACCCGCUCUACGUCACGACUCCCAUCUACUAUGUCAACGCGGCGCCGCACGUCGGCCACGCGUACACGUCGGUUGCGUGCGACGCCGCCGCGAGGUUCGCGAGGUUGGAUGGUAGAGAGGCGACGCUCGUCACGGGCACUGACGAGCACGGCGAGAAGGUCGAGGAGUCCGCCGCGGCAAAGGGCGUAGAGCCGUUGGAGUUCGCGACGAGCGUGUCGAACACGUUUCGCGAGUUGGCGGAUUCGUUUGAUAUAAAAUACGACCGCUUUAUCCGGACGACCGACGCGGACCACAAGGUGGCCGUCGAGGCCCUGUGGAAGCGCUUGGAGGACGCCGGCCAGAUCUACCUCGGUUCGUACGAGGGCUGGUACUGCGUCCGCGACGAGUGCUACUACACGGAGGGCGAGCUCGUCGACGGCAAGGCCCCGACCGGCGCCGAGGUUGAAUGGCGCGCGAAGGAGCCCUCGUACUUCUUCAAGCUCAGCGACUGGGGCGACAAAUUGAUCGAGCUGUACGAGAAGGAGGACAUCCUCGGGCCCAAGUCGCGCAAGAACGAGGUGCUCUCUUUUUUGAAAAUGGAGGAGCUGCGGGACCUCUCCAUCUCGCGGACGUCGUUCAAGUGGGGCCUGCAGGUGCCGGGCGACCCGGACCACGUCGUCUACGUCUGGGUCGACGCGCUGACGAAUUAUUUGACGGCCAUCGGCUUCCCGAACGGCAACUGGGAAGCGACCUGGGGAGGUGCCACUCAUGUCGUCGGCAAGGACAUUCUGCGCUUCCACGCUAUUUACUGGCCGGCGAUGCUCAUGGCGGCGGGCCUGCCGGUGCCGAAGAAGAUAUACGCGCACGGAUGGUGGACAAAAGAUGGCCAGAAGAUCAGCAAGUCGCUUGGUAAUGUAGUAAUCCCUUCCGAGCUCAUCGACGACUACGGCCUCGACGCGACUCGCUACUUCUUAUUGUCCGAGGUUCCCUUCGGCGGCGACGGCGAUUUUAGCCGGACGGCGAUGCUCGCGGCCUGUAACGGAUUUUUGGCGAAUGCUGUGGGCAACCUCUGCCAGCGGUGUUGCUCCAUGAUCGGUAAGAAUUUGAAAGGAAGCACGCCUGCAUUAUCUGACCUGACGGCAGAUGACACGGCGCUGCUGGAUUCGGCGCACGCCCUGGCCGACGCGAUGCGGCCGCACAUGGACGCGCUCGCCUUCAACAAGGCGCUCGGCGAGGUCGAGGCCGUUGUGCGCGACGCGAACCGCUACUUUGACAACCAGGAACCCUGGAAACUCAAGAAGAGCGACCCCGAUCGUAUGAGCGUCGUCCUGGCCGUUGCCCAGGAAACGCUCCGGUGUAUCGCGAUUAGCUACCAGCCCUUCAUGCCCGGCGCCGCGGCGAAAAUGCUGGACUUGCUAGGCGUUGCGGAGGGCGACCGGGAUCUCGCCGCGCUAAGGCGUGAUGGCGUCGCUGCCGGAACUGUUCUGCCGAAGCCGUCGGCCGUGUUCCCGCGUGUCGAGGACGAGUCGUCGUAAAUUAACUUAGAAU